AUGGCAAGAUCACAUUCAACAAAAACUAAGGCGGCAACGAAUAACCGAAAUAAAACUGGCAAAAAUCAGGUCAAAAAGAAUAAGAACAGUAUAUCGUUUUCUGAUAGGAAGAAGGCUAAACAUCAGGUAGAAAAACUGAAUAAAAAGGAGAAUUUGCUGCCGAUGAAUGUCUUAGAUUUACAAAAGAAGAAGAAUUUGUCAAAGAAGCCAGAGCCCCUAAAAUCCAUAUUACAUGCGAGAAGCUUACUACAGGACCAGAAAAAAGAUAAAGAGAUUAGAAAUAAGAUCAGAGCUGAACAAAAGGCUACAGAUGAUAGUAUAGAGAAACAAAUUGAAAUGAUAUCAGGAUUUACUUUCUAA